CAAGUGACACUCAAUUGACCAGCCGUAUAUGAGCAAUGAGCGAUUAUUAUCUAUUUUAUUUAUUUAUCCUGAAAAUAUACUUUCUAAGCGAAGUAAAAUUUCAAAUUUAGUUUAACAAUAACUAACGUGAAGUUUACCGCAGUGUGCCUAUUGGAUAAUAUUUUGGAACAUUAUUUUUAAUGAAGCUACCUGUCUUUGAAAAUAAAUAAAAGGCUAUGACUCUCCCGCUGCCGAUGCCGCCUUGCGCCAAAAGGGAUGGCCUGAGCGGGCUGAGCUGCGAACAAUUCGAGUACGCUAGCACAAUGGCUACAACAUUGCUGGCACCAGUCAAAACUGAGAGAGAGAUCCUGGAGCACUCGAUGUCGGAAGAUGACCCGAACGCGAACACUCAGUUCUCCAGUGAAGUAGGGAAGCAGCCGCGCUGGGGCCCGCGGCACCGAGGAGCGCAGGAGCUGGCGGAACUCUACAGUCCAGGCAAGAGACUACAGGAAUGGGUGUGCGUGGUGGUUUGUUGCACAUUAUGCGUGUGUGCGGGCCUCCUGAUGGCUCGGCACAUUCGUGCUGAUGUCUCCUUAUUAUUGGCAGCAAUAGCUGGUGUUCUAACAGCUGACUUUGCUUCGGGUUUUGUGCACUGGGCUGCGGACACUUGGGGAGCAGUUGACCUACCUAUUAUUGGCAAAAAUUUCCUGAGACCGUUCCGUGAGCAUCACAUUGACCCUACUUCAAUAACGCGACACGACUUUGUGGAAACCAAUGGCGACAAUUUCGCAAUUACCAUACCCGUGCUAGGGCGGAUCGUAUGGCAGCUGUUGACGUUCGACAAUACGAGUAUCGAGAGAGAGUUCCAUUGGAUCGCGUACUGGUACUUCUGUUGUAUAUUUGUGGCAAUGACUAAUCAGAUCCACAAAUGGUCGCACACAUACUUCGGUCUCCCGUCGUGGGUGGUGGCGCUCCAGGAAUGGCACGUGGUGCUGCCGCGGCGCCACCACCGCAUCCACCACGUGGCGCCGCACGAGACUUACUUCUGCAUCACCACCGGCUGGCUCAACUGGCCGCUCGAGAAGCUACGCUUCUGGUCCACUCUAGAAAACGUCAUUGAAGCCUUGACGGGCUGCAAGCCGAGGGCAGAUGACCUCAAGUGGGCCCAAAAGCGUUCCUAAUGGUAAUUCGUUUUAUUACAUAUUGUUUAAUGAUACGUCCAAGGCAACUAAAUCAAUUAAUACUUAUAUUGCGCUGGAAAUUGACUGCUCAGCUGUCCGUGCAGCAUACAGCAAUAGAUAAUAUUUACAUUGCCCCAGAAUUACAUAUUUACAAACGGCAGUACAAUAGAUGCUCAGACACUGAAUAACCCCUUAGUGAUGUGUGCUGUUCUUAGAAAUAUUCUUACUAUUAUCUGUUCUCAGAAAUAUUACCUAAAGUAGGGAAAAGGGUCUAGCCGUGUUUUUAUGGGGCAUCGGCCCCAGAAGCCAAAUUGAUUGCCGUUUUGCCAAUUUAUUAGGCCAGAUGUAAGAUGCUAUUUCACCAAAAAAAUAACGCUAAUAUGCUGCAGGUUUUUGCGUGACACGACGACAACCAAGCCGCAUACAGCCAAUAAUAAUACAAUCCAUUUUAGCAAUUUGUUACGUUCGAAAUUCAAAUUCGUACAGAGCGGCGCGUUGGUCGAUAUAUGGGACCGGGAGUUCUCCCGGUUGUCUGUUCAUACAUUACAUACAUACGGUAUUUUUACCCUGUUGAGCCAAAUGAAUAUUUUUGAAAAAAAUAUAUGUUAUAGAACAUUAAUUUAUACAUAAAAUACCCAAAAUUGGUGGGUGUCCCUAUUUCGGAAAUAUAAAAAAAAUAUUUUGAAAAAUUAAAAGUGAAAAUAUUACUAAUUAUAAGGAUAUUUGGAACUCCAUUUUUUUUAAUAAUUCAUCUAGAUUACUUACAUAAUGUGUAUAAGUUACAAAAAAAUCGGUUCGGUAGUUUAGAUAAAAAAAAUGAAAACCAAUUUUCUUUUUUUUUAUUUUCUCAAAAACCUGCAGCAUUUUAGGGUUAUUUUUUUGGUGAAAUAGCAUCUUACAUCUGGCCUAAUAAAUUGGCAAAACGGCAAUCAAUUUGGCUUCUGGGGCCGAUGCCCCAUACAAACACGGCUAGACCCUUUAAUACAAUAAAAAAAUAGAAUAUGUAGCGUGAUCUUGUUUAAGAAAAAUAAGUUGUUAACAUUAUUUUAGUGAGAUUUUAAGAAAUUAAAAUUAUAUUGUGAUUUUAAAUACUGCUGUGAUAGUUUUUUUAGUUUCUAGGAAAUUAGGUAUGAUUCAACAGCAAUCAGAGUAUUCCUGAGAACGAUUGAAAUUUCUACAGAAAUAACGGUAAACGGCUAGACCACUAUUGUUUUAUAAUUCGCUAUAUAGUUACUAUAAAAGUUUCAUAAGCUACUGAAGCUACAUAAGCUGCUGCUUACUGGGAAGUUCCAAAAGCAGCACCUAUUUAAAAGUUCAUGGUAAUACUCCAAGCCCAGCUCAGUCACAUUUGCCUUGCCUUUUGGUUUAUUCCCAGCUAUUACCAACAAAUACAGGUUACUAACUGUACAUGGUGUUGCCAUGUAGUUGUAGGGUGUAGUUUAAUACGCAUUUAACACAGGUAGAGAGAGGCGCAGAUGUCAAUUCGUUAUUUAUUCGAGUUUAUAAAUAUUUAAUAAGAAAGUGGUUUUAUGGACGGACGUAAUACAAUAUGAUAUAUACAUUAGUUAUAUAGCAUAAUUUCUAAAAUCAAAUAUCCUAAGUACGAAAUUCCUAAAGACAGAACAUCUAAAAUCAAAAUGUCUAAUGUACGAAAUUCCUAAAGAUGCAUGUCCUACGGUUAAAUAACCAAUUUUUUAAAUGUCUAAAGUACAAUAAUGCUAGUGCACGAAAAUACUAACGACCUUUUUUCCUACGUCCAGUUGACCUAAGUUUAAAAUGUAUACAUUGUAAAAUUUCCAACAACAUUUGUCCUAUGUCUAGCUGACCUUACUCGUAGUUUCAAGAGUCUAACGUAUGAAACCUUCUUUUCAAAAAACAUUUGUUCACAACUUAACUAGACGGAGCCCCGCCAAGCGGGGCUGGGCGGUUUGCCCUUCGGGCAUCUGGAGCUACCUAACAAACCUAACCUACCUACGCUUUUUUACCCAAAGUGUAAUGUUUUCACGGACGUCACACUAAAAUAAAUCAAUAGGUAGGUUAGGUUCGUUAGGUAGCUUCAGAUGCCCGAAGGGCAAAUCGCCCAGAAAUAGGAGCCCCGCCAAGCGGGGCUCCGUCGAAUCAGGAUAAGAAGGAAAUGUUCUGGGAAAUAUUGAGUUUCAAAGUAUUGUCAUUAGGCUUUAUGAACGUAGCCAUUGUGAGCACUAGACAUAUUGACUUUAGAAGUAUUGUCAUUUGGCAUUUUGUACGAAGGAAUAUUGAUUUUCGAAAAUAAGAUCCUUCGAUAAAAAAUGUGUUAGGACAUGCAUCUUUAGGAAUUUCGUACAUUAGACAUUUUGAUUUUCGAUGUUCUGUGUUUAGGAAUUUCGUACUUAGGAAAUUUGAUUUUAGAACUUAUGCUACAUAACCGUCCAAUGAUUCUACGUAACGGUACCGGUAUGGCAAAGCGUUGAUAAUUAGUUUUAUUAGCAGGUCAUAAAUGGCCAAUUCCAUGAUAUGGCCAUGACAUCAAGACAGGUCAAAUUUUGGCUUAUUGAUAUUGAUCACGGAAUAGCAAAAAAAAGUUUAUGUUAGUGUAAUUUUAUUUAUUUAAAUUCGGCAUCGAAAUAUACCUACUGAUAAACACUUUCGGGUUAUAUUGCAUCUCACGAUGUAUAAGUUGUUUUUUUUAAAUAGUGCAAUCGCAAAUGUACAUUAUGAUUAUGAUUUUAAAAGUUUAGGAUACUAUGAAUAUUCCUGGGAAUGGCACAUCACUUCACAAGACAGCUUUGUGCCAUAGCAAUUGAGCAAUUAAGCACUAUUCCAGAGUUUUAAGUAUUUUUAUAAACCAAGCAUUUACAAAAGUUCUUAAGUUACUAUUCACUCUAAUAGGAAAAAGGCCUAACCUUAUAAAUCCAAAAAAAUAUGUAAAGCCUGACCAGUAUUAAUAUUAUGAUCAUUGUCAAGAGGGCGCUGUUAUUCUCAUGUACGAGCAUAGGAUGACAGUGCAGUAUACACGGUGGAACAUGUGGAAACCGAAUAAUUUUAACAGCGUAUUCCUAAUCAUAUUUAGAGAGAAAAAUGUCCUAUAAACUUUUUUGAAAUUCGCCUAGUUUCGGAGAAAAUUUUAAUUAAAAAAAAAACAAGUUUUUAUUGUUACAUAGUGUAAAACGCCUUUUUCAUGGUGAUAUAGGACGUAGUCUAAAUAUCCUUAUUGAUAGAUGUCAAAAAGUGACAAGUAACACUUUCCAAAAAGUAGGUUUUACGAAAAAAAAUGUUAAUAUCAAUUUUAAGUGACAUGUUUACCAAUAAGAUUUAUUUUUUAUAUACAAAUAUAUUCAAAAAAUUGAAAAAACAAAACAAAAAAAAAAUUUUUUUUUGGCGAAUUUGACCUAAACUCAUAUUACAUUUUUUCCUUCUUUUGACCUCAGAAACGCGUGGUUAAAAUUAUUUGGUUUCCUCAUGUUACACCGUGUAGUGGCGUGUAGUAUACAUUAAUACCAGUGAAAUUCCGCAACAUGGCGCGUGAUCAUAUAUUCCUGGUCAGGCUUUAAUACGUACUUGCAGCUUUAUAUUCUACAUCAUGAAUCGUAAAAAUAUUUCAGAGUAUGAUAAAGUAGGUAAAUAGAUACAGUCAGCAGCAGAUAUACCUGAGCGGGCAAGGUGUCCAAGAAAACAUAUACACUUCAAUCGUCACAAAAAUAAGGACAUCUAAGAUGUCAUUUUCACGUAGGCUUUCAGUUCGUCACAAAUACCUUAACUUCUGAGUUUUUCUUUAACACAUACACCCUUAUUUAAUCACAAUGACAAUAACGGUUAAAAAGUCAGUGGUAACUAAGCAAUCAAAUUCAAGCUGCUGUCAUUAAUACCUACACGCACUGCCAAUCACGUACGUCAGCAGCCAGGGUGCCACCAGUUGCUAAGCAGUUGUUAUUUCAAUGGUAACUAAGCAUCAACAUUUUAUCUGUUUAACUUUAAAAUAAAUACUGUAGCACUACGAAUUUACACCUCCUUUCUUAAAGAAGUAUUUUAUCGUUAAGUGUCAAACUUAUACAAUAAAUAAGUAGUAGAAUGAUCGGUUUUUUUAUUUUAACUGUCAUGUGCGGCUGUUCUUCCAAACCGUUGAUCAUAUUAUAAACCUAUGUUAAUAUAUUUAUUUAGCCCACUUAUUGUAGUAAAAUAUACUAUACAGGGUGGCCCAUUUAGAUCGGCCAGUAUGGGAAAAUCUGAUACUAUACGAUAUACACCGAUCUCUUCUUAGGAAUCAUGUCAUCGAUUUUAGUAACACCAAAAACUGCAUUCAUACAUUAAAAAAAAUGUGUACUCAGCUCGGGAAUCGAACCCCGAACGUUUUGAAAAAUAAAACUAAGACUAUUUCUAUUUAGAUAUCGAUUGUGUAGGUCUUAAGCAAUACAUGUUACUAUGAAACAUGAUGUCUGAAAUUAAUAAAAUGCAUUGUUUUCAUAUCCUUUAAUUUAAUUUAGUCAGUUUUCGAAGAGACCAGCAUUUUUAGGGUUCCGUACCCAAAGGGUAAAACGGGACCCUAUUACUAAGACUCUGCUGUCCGUCCGUCUGUCCAUCGACAUCCGUCCGUCCGUCCGUCUGUCACCAGGCUGUAUCUCAGGAACCGUGAUAGCUAGACAGUUCAAAUUUUCACAAAUGAUGUAUUUCUGUUGACGCUAUUAUAAGUAACAAGAAAUACUAAAAACAGAAUAAAAUAAAGAUUUAAGUGGGGCUCCCAUACAACAAACGUGAUUUUUGAGUAGUAAAUAUCAAAUGGCAUUCCGCACAGGAGUAAUCUAAGUAACGCCCACUGCGGGUUCAAACCUACAACGUCCUGAUAGAAAGUCGUACAUACGCUACAUGUGACAUUAUCUUCAAAAAUUAUAUAAACUAAUGCGAAAUUAACAUAAAACCAGAAGACAAAUUAAUAAUAGAAAUGAAAUCCAAAAAAAAAAACAAAAAGCUGUAAUCUCUAGGUGCGUACGACUGAGAUUUGAACCCGCGGUCUCUGCUUUGAAAAGCAAACGCCUGUUACUGAGACCACGACGUGCCUUGACAAUUGGCUCUAAAUUCGGCUUCAGUUAGCUUUUGCUAUGUGUCAUUCGUCUUGACGAUUCUGUUAAAAGAAAUAGUUUGCAGUAAGUUGACCGAGAGGCUCCUGUCAAAUGGUUGAAGGGCAAAACGUGAGAUAGAUGUAUGUGAUGACAAGACUGUACUGCUUUCGAUGAUUGUCAAAACGCUUUACCUGAAAUUAGCAUGGCUAUCUUUUAUUCAAUAUUCGACCAUACUUGUAUGCUUUAAAGUCUAUUUUUCCAUAUUGUUCAGAUAUAUUUGACACGUUGACCGCUUAGAUACCAUUGGUUUUUUGACAGCUAAGGUAUCAAUGACUUGUUGUAAGUGUAGAAAUUAAUGAAUAGCGACUGUUAACAUAUUUGUGACACGUUGAGCGCUCACAAGUAAAUACUACCAUGACAGUCAACAACUUUUUGACAGUUUAAACGUUUACCUCUCUUUGAGCACCUGGAGUGUAUAGCGACUUCUGCUGCUGACUGUACCUAAAAAUAUUUAGAUUCACGAUUUAUAUUUUACUCUGUAUUUUGGCAACUUCAUGCAUCUUAUUAUAUUAUAUGUACUUUUAUGUAUAUCAGCCAUAAAUUAUAUUAAUAUACAGUAUGUUUCUGACCAUGACCAGUUAGCGAGUAGAAUCGAGCCCUGGAUUGAAAGCCCCAUGGUCAGACACACCCUGUAUAAAUGAAGAAACAAAAUAAGAGACUGUAUUAUAAUGUCGUGAAACGUUUUGAGCGUUUUGCUAUUUCUAUUUUCACAAUAUGAAUUAUGACAAUGAUACAUGUAGAAUUGUAGAUGAUUAAGGAUAUUGAGAUUCAUUUAAAGACUUAUCAAUUAGUUAUCAUUUAAUUUAAGAAACAUAAAUUAACUAUAAUAUCCAUUGAGAUCAUCAAAGGGGUCACAGUUAAUAGGGAAGUUUCAUGUAUCAAAAUUGAAUUAUCAAAUAAAAACACCAGUUAGCUAUCAAAUCUAUACGAACAUAUUUGAAAAAAAAAAUGUGGAAUAGCCUAUUAUUGGAGGAAUAUACUUCUUAUGAGUUGCGGAAAUAAAGACGUUAUUGUUUACGUAAAAGCCGUUGAAACUGCAUUAUAUGUUAUUAUUUUAUUUGUAUUAAUCAUAUCUGUAUAUCACUCAGGUGAUCUUAGUGGAUAUCGUGACCAUUAGUUAUUUAACUAUUUUAAUAUGUCAAACCAGGAAACGGGGCUGUUACAGUAAUGUUCUGGUUUCCUAUAGUCGCACCAAACAAAGUCUGCAGCGUAUUUGAUAGCCCACGCAGUGUAAGUGUUAAGUAUACGUCAUAAUUUCAUAGAAGUUUGACGUUUAAAAUGACACUUGCACUGUGUGGGCUAUCAAAAUCGCUGCAGACUUUUUACGGUCUAAAUAUAGGAUAGCGGUGCCGUCAUAUAGCGGCCGAGUCCAUACAAAUGAUACAAAUACUACGACAUCCAUAUUUAGCCGUAUAUUUAGUAUGGAGACGGCCGCUAUGUGACGGCACCGCUAUCCUAUAACAAUCGAUCUUUACCGGCAUGCUCGACCGAACCACUUUGAAUGUGCAGUUCACUUUAAUAACUUAAUGCUCUAAUUUGCCGGCCUCUCCGCACAUUAGUUAAGAGUGUUAAAGCUAAUCGUGAGCUAAACACAUAUACCUACCUAUAGUGAUUGAAACUAUGGCCUACUUAGAUGACAGUCCAUUUUCAAUAACAUAAUUUGACCAGUGAUCAUAUUUAUUUUUGAGCACAAAUGAAUUAUUUUACACCACCUUUUGUCGUGGUCCUGUGCCUGUGAUUUAAUGUUUUAAUUUUAAACGAUAGUUCUCUAGGCCUCAGACAAAUUACUACAGUCGCCAUUAGAUGUAAGUACCUAUCGGAGCGGCUAGGGUGCUCAAAAAUCCCUUUAAUGUCUUGAUAAUAAUGGAGUUGUUGAGAUAUUUGUGAACACCUUGGCCGCUCCGGUAUAUAUGAUGGCGACUGUACGAAAUGUGGAAUAAAACAGCCGAGUAAGAGUCGUCCGUUGCCUAUUUUUUAACGAUAUACUUUAAUUUUGUAUAUUUAAAUUCGUACAUAGAUAAAAUUAUCUAUCCACACACAUAUCAUAAACUUUCUACGCGUUCAAAAAACGCAAAUUACGGCCAGCAUACAGAUAUACUGCUUUGUAAGAAAUUGGUAUCUGUCAAAAUGAUUUUAUAAUGACAUGCAGAUUUCGAACUUCGUUUUCUGCAAACGAUUGUUAUCUUGGCUAGGCGCCCUGAUAUCCGCGACAUGCGGCAGAGCAGCUGAACACAUCGUAGAGAGCUUAUAAAAUGUCUGUAGAUAAAACAGUGUAUGUAACAGUGUAAUGUACCUGCGUACAUAACUAGGCAUUAAUACACUCGUGUAAGCGUAUUAUGAAACUCACUUCGUUCGUUUCAUAAACCCACACUCGUAUAUUGCUGCCUUUCAUUAUGUAGCAGUCACAUAAACUAAUAUUAGGUAAAUCUCAAGUUCGAUUAUUGCAUAAGCAAGAGCACAGAUAUUAUAGGUAACACUUCAUCAACUACAUGCCACUUAUAAAAAUCCGAUAAGUAGUAAUUUUAUUACCUAAUCAAUUCUAGCUAUUAUGAGCUAAACUUAACGUCAAUUAGAGAUUGUUAAGAGCUAUCAUAAGUUAACAAGGACUCUAGCAUCGUCCUAAUUGUAAGACUCUCAAAAACUUUAGUCCAAAAGCAGAGGACUCAGACUCGAAGUCUUAACCAGUCAAUACUAUAUAUUUCUAUAUUUGUUUGGUCAAUCAGGGUUUACACCGCGUUUUGUUUAUCACACAAGUGCUUUAACCACAAAAUUAACAAUAAGUAAGGUAUUAUGCUUUUAGCAAUGAUCCUAACUCGGGAGACGGCGGCCCGCGUCCUUGGACUGUGUCCUACAAUAUGUGUACAAUAUAUACCGUUGUCACCUAAAUGACCUUUCCUUAAAAUAAUGCGCAAAUGUAUCUAUAGAUAUUAUUUACAUACCAAGACAGUACCUACUCAACCUACUGAGUUGCGUGUGCACCGUAGGCACGGCCUCGUCGAGAAGACGGUCAUACUAACUAAAGGGGCCCACUGAUUAACAGUCCGCCGGACGGUAUUGGUCUGUCAGUUAGAACAAAAUUUUGACAGUUCCGAACAACUGACAGGCCGAUACCGUCCGGCGAACUGUUAAUCAGUGGGCCCCUUAAGCGUUGCUUAGGCUAUAUAGGUCAUAGGGUAGCUUGCGAAGACCAAAGAAAAUCAAAGAAUCUAGAUGUUCUUUAUUCUGUGGCAAUAGCAUGGCUUUAAUAUUAAUAUUUCUAAUACAAACUUAAGUUUUGAACUAGAUGAUAGUGGUGCCUUCAAAGCUAUGAGCUACUUUACUGCAGGCCGUAAAGGUUGAAAUAGUUAAGAGUACCUAAGUUAAGGCGGGCGGUGUAAGUUGUAAGGCAGUUGAUAUUUUAGUAGUUUGAGGUACCUAUUGUAAACACUUUGUUAUAGUUGGCAGAAUAUUGUUUGAUAUUUAUAUCGGCGAAAACCGAGCAAAUCUAAGUACAUAUAUACCUACUAGUAGUAUGUGUCACAAGGGAGUUAAAUGAUAUAUUUGUGGCAUUGGAUCCUGAACGACGUGAAGGAUCUAAAAUAAUAUCCUGAGUGUAGUGAGGUAUUCAAGUGUUAACACUCGAGGUGGAUAUAAUAUUGCUGCCAUGUGACACAUAGGUACUUACUACUUUUCACACCACCUAUGAGGAAAACAAAAAAACCAGCGACCGGCGCACACACAUGUGAGCAUUUGACGUUACCCACGUCAGACAGCCAUAAUAUAAUGUGGCCGUUUAAUUCCUUCCAAGAGGCAAAGCAAACCUCACAUCUGAGUGGGUGGUGUAAACAUUUAUUUGAUUAAAUUACAAUAUUUGUUAUUGGGAAAAGGUGCCUAAUAUAGUUUUGUUAUUAUCGCUUUUUAUGAGCUUUUAUAAGGGAAUGGGGCCUUAUUAAACUGAGAUGCUACUUUAUAAUAUAAGGUAAUGUGUAACACAAAUUUGAUAUAUAUUAGAGGAGUAAAAAGAAAGCUUUCAUUCAAACAGCAAUGUCCAAUGUCGCAUCCUGUACAACUUAUUUCAUUUAUAUCUGAGCAAAAACCGAGUUAUAAAUUGACUAAAUAGUCGCCUAUCUAUAGAUUUCAAAAUUGACGAAAAUUAUUCGAAUUGCGAGAAUUUCAUAUAAGUACGUACCUAAGUAACUCGAAAGCGCGGUCAUUUUGAAAAUCGUUAAUUUAAACUAAACCAGAAGCAUUUCAUCAUUUGGCAGUUCUUGUUCUUAGUUACCCUAAUGCAACGCUUACCAAGGCAUCUUGCUUGCCGUUGCUACAGCAGAAAGUGCUUCUAAUUUUUAGUAGAUAUUCCGUUUUCACACCUUAUAAGUGCCUACAAAAAGAGCUUAUUAAGUACAUACAUAUUCACGGUCACCGGGCACUUUUUAUGGGUAGGCCAACUGAAUAUCCUACAAAAGGGCCCGGCGACUCGUGUAGAUUUAGGUAAUAAGCGCUUAACACGCUUUGCCAAUAUUCUUGACGAGAUUGUAGUUCAGUCACAGAUUUUGACCUGUGAAUAAUUAGUUCUUGGAUUUUCAAAUUUAAUUUCCAAAAUAUCGAUCCUAGAAGAAAAAUUGUGAGGACCAAACUUGUAGAGAAUCAAAUUUCCUACAAUUUUUGUCCUCGCCGUUUUACUGUAAAAUCAAAAAUGGCCGAGUUAUUCAAGAAAAACAGUUUUUCGAAUAUACACAGGAGCCUGAUUCAGUCUACUUUUUGAAUUUACACUCUCAGUGACCCCCCCGACCCCCGAGGGACCUACGAAAAAAAAAUCCAAUAACUGAUUAUUCACGGAUAGGGUCGGUUUUUUUGGAUAUAAUGACUGGACUAUUGUUGUUCUGAGAUAAAUGAACUCGAAAGUCUACUCAAAAGUAAAAGUAUUUACAAUUUUAGUCGGUUGAUAAAGAUAUACCUAGGUAUAUAACUUUUCACGAGUGCUCUAACAAAGGCAAAAAUAUUAAGAAUAAGUAUAAAAUAUAUUGUAAAUUGUAAUACAUACUAGAAGUGAGAAAUUGUGAGCCUUUUGCAGAGGUUGGGAUGGGAUAUCUAAUUUAAGUACCUAAUAUGUUUGUGGACAAAUUUAUAUUAUUUAUAUACAAAAAAGGUAUUAUAUAUAUUACUCAUGUAAUAGGUGCGUACCUAGUGUACCUACUUUAAACUCUACAUCAUUGACACAAAUUAAUAUGGUUUUCGUAUAUUAAUUAUGAACUAAAUGAGACAGAAGCAAUUAAUGUAAUGCAACGCUUUAAUAUUUUAUUGUAUACUUUACACUGAAAAAUAAACAAGAGUUGAUACUAACAAA